GCUUACGUGCUAGCAGUUAAUUUUGCUUAGCUGGAUGGAGGAAGACUUUCCAAGAACACAUGGUUGGCCUGCAAGUGCAAUCCCUUGAGGAGUCUCAACGGCUUCAGAUGUGUGGACCCAAUGUCGCCAGUGGCCGAGAAACAAAACAUAUUUCUCAGUAUUAUCAAAUCCAGUCUCACUACGACUGAACCAUGUUCCAUGGACGGGCUCUCUUCUGUCCGUCCGGGAAUCCAGUCCCAGUCCGGACUCACCCGUGCGGUCUAUGCGAUAUGCCCUGGGCCAUCCUAUCUACGCUAUGUGCUUCUUGAAGGGCCCGGAGUUCGCUUUUGGUGUUCAAGAGUUCAGGGUUUGUUUCGUCCCAUCCACGGUCAACCUCCACAUGCUAUGCUUGAUCUACUCCUCCAUCCCAUGUCAUUUCUCUCCAUUCAUCCCACCUUGAUCAAACCAACUACGAGUCAGCAAAUUCGACGAGUUUUCAUGACUUGACGACGACAGGUCCGAGGCCACUGCUGCGGCUUACCGCCAUCGCCAACCUUGUGGUUGUCUUACAACCAUCCCGAUGUCGCCAUUUUACGCUUUGGAUGGAGGCGGCGGGUGGUUAGAGUCGCGGGUCGACACACGAUGGACGCCGGAAAGUGAUUCGAGCCGGACAGGUUAUGGCAUGUUCCAGUCGGCGACGAACUCGCCGGAUUC